CAAGUGGCGCAAGUCUAUCCAACAAGUGGCACGAACUAACAAACUUGCCACAAGUUGGACGAACUCUGUGCACGUGGUUUCGAGUGUGCUAUGAAACAAAACAAACAAAUUUUGAACACAGAAAACAUUAUAAGUUUAUUUAAACGUUUUUUCGUAAAAGAGAAAAAAUGAGCAAUAAUUCUGACAUUCAUCAAAAUAUUGACAAAUAUUUUAUGAGUUAUGAAGAUUUUGAUGUUCAUCAGCUGAUGUUAAGUGAUAAAUCUCGAAUACUUUCGUAUAAAAAUGCGAUUUUUGACAGUAAAGAUAAAUUUACAAAUAAAACUGUUAUGGAUGUUGGCGCAGGAACUGGCAUUUUAUCAAUUUUUUGUGCCCAAGCUGGUGCUAAGAAAGUUUAUGCAAUAGAAGCAAGUCAAGUUGCUAAAAUUGCUAAAGAAGUUGUUAUUGAAAAUAACUUUACUGAUGUUAUAGAAGUAAUUGAAAGUUCAGUAGAGCAUAUUGAAUUAAGUUUAAUUGACAAAGUAGAUAUUAUUGUAUCAGAAUGGAUGGGUUUUUAUUUAAUACACGAAGGAAUGCUGGAUUCUGUUAUUUUUGCUAGAGACAAUUUCCUUAAAGAAAAUGGACUCAUGUUUCCGAGUAUUGCUAAAUUAUAUGCUGCACCCUGUCAACUGCCAUCAUUUUUUGAUUUUUGGGACGAUAUUCAUGGUGUUCAAAUGAAAUGCGUUGGAAAAGAACACAGGCGUUUAAAAUCGUUAAAACCAGAAGUAUCAAUUGUGAACGAUGAGAACCUUUUAUGUGACAGUAACCUUUUGAUCUGGUUGAAUUUGUAUGAUGUGACAGUGGAAGAAUUAAACACAUUAUCAGGAGAUAAUACUAUUGCAAUUUGUCAAAAAGACGGAAAGUGUCAAGGUAUUUGUAUAUGGUUUGUCGUUGAAUUUCCAAAUGGCUCUGAAUUAUCCACUGCACCGUCAUGUGAACCCACACAUUGGAAACAAACUGUUAUAGUUCUACCAAGUGAAAUAGAAUUAUCUAAAAGUGAUCCAUUGACAUAUAAAUUAAAUUUAAAUAGAAGCGAGGAAAAUUCUAGAUUUUAUAAUAUGGAACUGACAAUGUUGGAUUCUGCCGAAGUUGAACAUGAAAUACCUUGUUGUUGCAAUAUGACUAAGUGUCUUAUUAUGCGCACAUAUAUAGAAAAACAACAAUUAAAUGCUAAUAAUUUAAUUACAAAUGUUAAUCCAGAUGAUUAAAAUUUUAAUAUUUUUAAAGGUAA